UUAAAAAGAAGGGAGGGCAAUUGGAAAAAGCCAAACAAGGCGUUACGCAGGCCCAGAGUUGGUGGUGGUCGAGAUCCGGCGUCGUCGGGUUUCGUCUUCCUCCUCCUCCUCCGAUGAUGAUGAUGAAGAUUUCGAGCGGCCUUGUUGGUUCUAUCAUUGCCGUCUCAACUGCUGCUCUCUCUUCUUCCUCUACUCUUCCUCCAGUCUCCCCCAAGGGAUGGGAAUCAAGGAAGACGAUUGGGUCGGAGAAAUUCGAGCCAAGGUUUGAUGGGUUGAGGUUCAUAGAGACGCUGGUCACAGCACACAGAUAGAGAGAGAGAGAGAUUCAUAUUUCAUAUCAAUAUCACUUUUUUGCCUUUGGUGCUGCAAAAGCUUUGACACAAAGCGUGAGUGCGUCACUUUGGUCUUGUCUUGUUGUCUGGAAUUCUAUUUCACAAAGGUCUUGUGUAUUGAGAGAAUUGUAACAUUAUUAUGCCAUUCAUUUCUGUUGUUU